CUUCCCACACAGAGGCAGCUCCACGUGUCAGCGACAGGUCCAGCACCUGCUGCCUCUCUGAGUGCUGCAGGAGGAAGAGGAGGAGGAAGAAGAGGAGGAAGAGGAGGAGGAGCCUGCUCCACCUGACCAGAGAGGGAAAAGUCCUCCUUCACACUCCCUCCUUUGUCUCAGAUCAAAACAUCGUUGUCUCUAUUCAUCUGGAACUUGAGAGACACGCAGCAUCACAGAGGUCAGUCAGAAGGUCACAGCCUGGACCAGACCUCGCCGACAUGAAGAAGGGGCUCCAGGCUCAAGCGGGACAUCAUGGGAUGGGGGGCAAAGAGAGGGACAUGUGGAGGGAGACGGAGGAGACGGAGUGGCAGAACGGGAGGACAGAGAGGAAGCUCCUGGCCUUCUGGAUGUCCCUGUCCCAGAGGAGGUGGAGCCUGUUCAGGCCGUCCGUCCAGCGCUCCGCCUCGGCCGCCCGGCUGCUGAAGACCGAGGCGUGAGGAGACAAAGGGGGGCUUUGUGUGUGUGCGCGUGCGUGUGUGUGUGGGUGUGUGUGUGCGUGUGUGUGUGUGUGUGUGUGUGCGUGUGUGGGUGUGUGUGUGUGCGUGUGUGGGUGUGUGUGCGUGCGUGUGUGUGUGUGCGUGUGUGUGUGCGUGUGUGUGUGUGUGUGUGUGCGUGUGUGGGUGUGUGUGUGUGCGUGUGUGGGUGUGUGUGCGUGCGUGUGUGUGUGCGUGUGUGUGUGUGUGUGUGUGUGUGUGUGUGCGUGUGUGUGUGUGAGUGGGGGUGAGGGGGGUGGAGGUUGGGGAUAUGUGUGUGUGUGUGUGUGUGUGUGUGUGUGUGUGUGUGUGUGUACACUCCACUUCCACGCUGAACUUCCCUCUGAGUUAAAGUCAGAUUAACUUUUCAAAGUGAAGGUGGAGGUGACAGGUCCUGGGGCUGAACAGGAAGUGAUGUCAUCUCACACCUGAGCUGAUCCUUGAAGCGGUGAUGGGUUCAGACAGAUGUGCCAUGGCGGUGGCACAUCUGUCCCUGCAGCUGCAUUUCCAGGGGAACAACCUCAGAGGCCUCGGCUGCAGACGGAGCCACUCUGCCGGGGGCCUCAUGGUGCCGCCGGUCCGACUCCACAUCCUGCUGGCCGGGCCGGUCAGAGACGCCGUGCAAGUGUUCCAGUAGAUCUCUCAGGUGUUUGUGUUGGUUCCGGCUCUUGUGGGGCUGAAGGGAAACCUGGAGAUGACGCUGGAAUCCCAUCUGUCAACAGCAGCCAACACAGGACAGAUGGACGAGACUCGGCAGCGCUGGAGGAUGGUGCUCUGUAAUCUGGCCCUCAUCCAGGUUCAGGCUACAGUUGUGGGCUUCCUGGCUGCCGUAGCUGCAGUAGCUCUGGGCCGUCUGAGCAGAGAGAGGGUGAACGGUAUCCAGGCUGCCAUCCUGUGUGCCAGCAGCAUCAGCACUGCUUUCAUCGCCGCGCUCGCUCUAGGGCUGCUGGUGGUGGCCGUGAUUAUUGGCUCCAGGAAGCUGGGCGUCAACCCGGACAACGUGGCCACGCCCAUCGCUGCUGGCCUCGGUGACCUCAUCACCCUGUUCCUGCUUGCUGGGGUCAGCAGCUUCUUCUUCACCUUCAGAGAUGUGUGGUACCUGCCCACCGCGGUGGGGGGCUUCUUCCUGCUGCUCACCCCCGUGUGGGUCAUCAUCGCCAGCCGCAGUCCACCAAUCAGAGAGGUCCUAAAGUCAGGAUGGCAGCCAGUCAUUUUGGCCAUGUCUGUCAGCAGUAUUGGUGGCCUGAUUCUGGAUCAAACUGUGAGCAACCCCAGCUUUGCAGGCAUGGCCGUGUUCACCCCCAUCAUCAACGGAGUUGGAGGAAAUCUGGUGGCGGUCCGAGCAAGCAGGAUGUCCACCUACCUGCAUUACUGCAGCGUUCCUGGAGCUCUGCCAGUGAAAAUGAGAGCUGACUGUCCUGGACCCUGCGCCGCCUUCUGCUCCUCAGAUGUGAACUCUAAAUCAGCCAGAGUUCUUGUGGUACCGGGUCACCUCCUCUUCCUCUACACAGUGCAGCUGCUGCCUGCCUUCAUCAUCUGUUACCUGUGUGCAGCUGUGCUUCAGCUGGUGAUUCUGCUCUACUGUUCCGUCCUGAUGAUCCGCUGGCUGUGGAGGCGGAGCUUGGAUCCAGAUAACUACUCCAUCCCCUACCUCACGGCUCUGGGGGACCUGCUGGGAACUGCUCUCUUGGCCCUGACCUUCAGGUUUCUAACGACCGGCAGCCCUAAAGGAGCCGGGCUUUGACACAUGUGUUCAGCACCAGGAUCUCAUGUGAAAUGAAAUAAAAAGACUGGUGGUGACUUAAUAAUUAGAGAUGCUAUAAUCUGACUUUUGAUCAAACCAUAAUUCUAUCAUAAUCAUUAUUCACUAUGUGGGAAAACAAAACGCUCACAUAGUGAGCAGCUUGUUCAGGUGAUCUUCAGUGAACUCUAUGUCUUUGGCGAGCUGCAGGAAGUUCUUCUCAAAGGAGAAAAGUUCUGCUCCACAAAUUUGCCCUCAGUAUGCGGAACAUCAGAGGUUCCCAUAAUAAAAGAAACUUUUCAAACAAACUGGAAUAAUUAGCUGAGCUUAAUCCAUUGUUUGAUCAUCAGGAUGAGAGGAAAUGUAUGUGAGUGAAUUAAAAUGACCUCCUUUGUUCAGCAUUGAGACAUUUGUUGUCAAAUGGCACUAAAGAAAUAAACUGAACAGAAUUGAAGCUCAGCAAAUAAUAACCAAUUAUUCCUCCUGAUCCCUUUAUGCAAAAUAAAUAUUUAUUACAAGAUUGAUGUAGGUUACAAUGUGGGUCGUUUAGCAUAGAAAAAAACUUAAGAUAUGUAAAACGACACAUCACAAAAUGUGUAUAAACUCACAUGUGAGAACUUUUAUUGCUCUUCUGUAUAAAUGUAUUAAUAACAGAUAAAUUCACCACUAAAUCUUAGUUUUAUGAAGCCAUUCCUCACAAGUGGUGUUUCCAUUAACCAUUAAAUUGCGCAGAUUGAAAUUAUGAAUAUAAAUUUGCCUAAUGGAAGACACGUCCAUUAAAAAAGAUUGACUCUGAUGAUUGAUUAGCGCAAGCUCAACUGUUGAAUUAUGGAUGUAUUUCAUUGAACUGUUUACAUCAGUAGCUGCCAGGAUUUUUAAUGACUAAUCAUGUGAACAAGCUUAUUCACAUGUGAUUUUAAUUUCAUGUAAACAAUUUAAUUGUGAAACUGUGUUUUUUCGACAUUAGCAGAAUACUGACAAAGGUUUGUUCACAUAUC